AUGGCGGAGUUUUCAGCCUGGGUAGAGCAGAACAAAGGGCUCUGGACGCGCGUAUACGAUGAGGUCAUUAAGCCUGACCUCGAGAAGGAAUGGAAGACGAAGGAGGAGAACCAACAGAUACUGUUCCAACAUCUGAAUGACGAGAUUCUGAAAUCAGCGCGUCUUGCCAAGGAGAACGAGCACCUGAAAGAACAGCUCGAAACUAGGGGGCCAGUCGACCAGCAUGUCUCUGAAUUUGAUGCACAAAGUGCGUCCGAGGAUUAUCGCCACCUUACUACCGAGAAUGAGCAGUUGAAGCAACGACUCGCGGCUCUACAGGAGGCCGCUGCACCAUUACCAGAUCACGGGGUUGCAAACGAGGCUACCGAAGAAGAGUAUCACGACCUUGCUGCCCGGUUUAGCGACUUGACUAAGAAGUACCGGGACAUGUCUCAACAAGUGAAGUAUCUCCAGAAGAAGAAUACAAACGUCAUGCAAAAGAACAGGGACAUGAAAGAGAGCGUGCGCGCAUGGCAAGAGUACGCAGAUCGGCAAGCAGUGAAACAAAAGUCGAAGAGCGAGGCCGACAAGUCACAUAUGGCAACGGCUCACCUUCUUCCCGAGGAACGGCCUCAUAUGCCUUCCAGUCCAGUUUCAUUGGCCACUGUGCGAACUCCCGGAUCCAUCGCUAAUCCGGGCCGCUCCUCUCCUGCUCCUAUGGCCCCGCUUCCGCGUUCAGUUCUUGGGAUAACGAGUCGGUUGGCGUCUCCGACCACGGUCAGCGGCGAGGAAGCCCGGAGUCCCACCACGACCGUCACUUCAAAGGCCAGCACCAGGUCAGGGAACGUUCAGCUACAACAGCAUCAAGAACACAAUGGCGGUGUCUCUUCACACGUCCAGCGCAUAAUCUCAGAGGCAGAAGGCCAUCAUUCAGCGAUUCCAAGCUCCAGUCAAACAACAGUGGAUGAGCAGGUCGAACCGAGGAGCAUUUUUGAACAAGCUACGGAAGCUGAAGAUGACGACGACUUCCCCGAAUUCGUUUCCGAGAGGUCGCUAAAACGAAAACGAGGGCAGCCGUCGAAGUCCAGAUUCGAGAUAUACGCAGAUCACUCCUCAGAUGGCACGCCAAUAAAGCCCCAUCGCGUGAAAGAAGAGCCUCACAGUAGUCCUCCGCUCCCUGCCUUCAACAUGACUCGCAACGAGACGAUGGAUCUGGACGAUCCUGCGCCCCAUGGGAUCAAGACUCCUCGUCAACCCCGGACACGUAUAUUUCAUGACACAGAUCCCGUGGAAACGCCUCAUCAGCAGAGGCGUAACAGCGCGCCACUUACGCAGGCCGUUAAGAACGAGAACCUGGAUGAUACUGAUCUGCAUGAUAUGUAUGAUCAGAUGCUCGAGCCUCAAGCAGUCGCGAGCAUCGAAUCGCGAGCCUUUAGUGAGCCGAAUGAACCCACGCAAGCAGGAGACGCUGUGUUGAGAUCCCUCGAUCCCAACGUGGUCAGCAGUGCGUCUGAAGAGCCUCCUAUGAAACGUUCACGACAAUUCCAAGAGUAUCAACAAGACAAACAUUCUUUCCUCGCAGAGUCAGGCGAAGCACUACCUGCGAAUAAACGUAAGUCGAGGCUGCCGCCCCACCUUGCUCGAGCCCAGAUGAACCAAAGAUUGCAAGCAUUGAAGACGCCUCAAACGCCAGGAAAGGCAUCACCGAAGACCCCAAAGUCAGGAUCGGUAAAGAUCAAGACCGAGCAAAACCCAACCCCUCCCGCAAGUUCCUCAAGUACUACCGAGACACGUUCCGUCAGUAAGGGUGCGCGCAGCGCAAAGUCAAAGACCCGCGUGAGCCCUCGUGAAGAUCCGACACCUGACGGCCCUAUAUGGACCAUGAGAGCUCCCGAGACCCGCUCUAGUGCUCGCAGAAGUCGUGCAUCACCAUUGAAAGAUCAGGUUCGCCUCCGAGAUAAGCCGGUCGGCGAGCUCAGCGUCAAGGACUUCAAGCCAAACCCUGAAUACAACCAAGGCUUCAGCUACGCAUUUUCCGAGACUGUUCGCAAGCGAGGAGAUCGCAUGUGUCUUCCAGGCUGCACUAACCCGCAAUGUUGUGGCUCCACUUUUCGAGCUUUUGCGGAGGCACAAGGACCUCUCAGCCCCUCGGAAGAAGAGGCUUUGCUCGAGGACUAUCUGGGCGAUGCAUACAGCAACAUGCAGCUCACGCAGAUGUCAUCCGAAGAGCGGCAAGAGCUUGUUCUGCAAGCUCGGACGAAGAAGAUGGCGAAAGAGUCCGGGAAGCAUCGCGAAGCCUACGAGCGACGACGAACACCGCCAGGGUUCUGGCGAGUGGACUUUCCGACGACACAGGAACAGCAGGAAGACAGGGAACGUGCAAAGGAACAAGAGAAGGCGAUAGUACAAGAGCGCUGGUUGGAUGCACACAGGAGAGGUGGGAAGUGGAUCUUUAGAGAUGAGUAG